CGCCAACGUGCCUGUCAUCCCAUUUCAUUGAGUAGUUGUGUGCGUGUGUGGUUGUGUUCCACAAGGGUUUCACAACCCACCAAAAAAAAAGUGAAUUAACUCUUAUAAAAAUACAAAAAAAAUUUUAAAAUCUAUAUAAAAACACAAAAAAAUCGCAAAACAAAUCAUAAAACUUAAAAUAAUCAACUAUCGGUUAUGCUAUUGAGUUUCAUAUGUUUUUCUAUUUGUACCUAGUUUAAAACUGUGUAUUGUGGAAAUCCGUAAGUUGUGAAGAGGAGAUAAAUUAUUCGAAAUGAAUCCGGGGGCGCCCAAUUAUCCUAUGGCGUCGUUGUACGUCGGGGAUUUACAUUCAGAUAUCACCGAGGCAAUGCUUUUUGAAAAAUUUUCCACUGCUGGUCCCGUACUAUCAAUUCGCGUUUGUCGCGAUAUGAUUACACGAAGAUCUUUGGGCUACGCAUAUGUUAACUUUCAACAACCUGCUGAUGCGGAACGCGCUUUGGAUACAAUGAAUUUCGAUGCAAUUAAAGGACGUCCAAUUCGUAUUAUGUGGUCUCAACGCGACCCGUCUUUGCGAAAAUCCGGCGUAGGAAACGUGUUCAUAAAAAAUUUGGACAAAAGCAUUGACAAUAAAGCUAUGUACGAUACGUUUUCCGCUUUCGGUAACAUUUUGAGUUGCAAAGUGGCUCAAGAUGAGAACGGCGUCAGCAAAGGUUACGGUUUCGUUCAUUUCGAGACCGAAGAGGCUGCUAAUAAAUCCAUCGAGAAGGUCAACGGGAUGUUGUUGAACUGCAGAAAAGUCUACGUUGGACGUUUCAUCCCACGUAAAGAACGCGAGAAGGAAUUGGGAGAAAAAGCUAAACUCUUCACCAACGUCUACGUGAAGAAUUUCGGCGAAGACUUGACCGACGAAGAGUUAAGAACCAUGUUCGAGAAAUACGGCCGCAUUACCAGCUAUAAAAUCAUGAGCAAAGACGAUGGGAAAUCUAAAGGGUUUGGAUUUGUCGCGUUCGAGGACCCCGAAGCCGCUGAAAGAGCCGUGCAAGAUCUGAACGGAAAAGAAAUCGUAGAAGGAAAAACGAUGUACGUUGGGCGAGCCCAAAAGAAAGCCGAGCGCCAACAAGAACUAAGGAGACGUUUCGAACAAUUAAAACUGGAACGCAUGAAUCGUUACCAAGGCGUCAAUUUAUACGUCAAAAAUUUGGAUGAUACUAUUGACGAUGAACGCCUUCGUAAGGAAUUCACGCUUUUUGGAACAAUUACAUCAGCCAAGGUUAUGAUGGAGGAAGGUAGAAGCAAAGGAUUUGGAUUUGUUUGUUUUUCAUCUCCAGAAGAAGCGACUAAAGCUGUAACGGAAAUGAAUGGUAGAAUAGUCGGUUCGAAGCCACUAUAUGUCGCGUUAGCCCAACGUAAAGAAGACCGCAAAGCUCAUUUAACUUCACAAUACAUGCAACGUGUAGCUAACAUGAGAAUGCAUCAAAUGGGUCCAUACUUACAACCCGCUGGAACGGCUGGAACAUUCUACGUGCCAACUUUGACUCAACCGCAACGCUACUACGGGGCAGCUCAGGUCACUCAAAUGAGGACUACACCGCGUUGGGCAGCACAGAGCCCAGUCAGACCUGGACCACAGGGAAGCGGGAACACUUACUCGGCGUUGCAAAACACUUAUAGAACCGCACCGCGGCCGCCAAAUCAAGCGUCAUCAAUGCGUGGCCAAAGCGUUGUAUCUGGAAAUACACGUACGCCAAACUUUAAAUACACCCCUAACAUGAGGAAUCCACCGCAAACCAUGAAUAUUGCGACUUCCCCGCAAGUACAGCAAGCAGUACACAUUCAGGGCCAGGAACCGUUGACGGCCACCAUGUUAGCAGCCGCGCCGCCACAAGAGCAGAAGCAGAUGUUGGGAGAGCGUUUAUUCCCAUUGAUUCAACAUAUGUAUCCAGAUUUGGCUGGUAAAAUAACUGGUAUGUUACUUGAAAUUGACAAUUCCGAGUUGCUCCAUAUGUUGGAGCAUAACGAGUCAUUAAAAGCAAAGGUGGAAGAAGCUGUGGCUGUUUUACAAGCUCACCAGGCCAAACAAGCAGCCACACAGAUCAAAAAAGAUUAAUUAAAAAAAUAAAAUUUAAAAAAAUAAAACUCCUCCUCCUCCUCACCUUUUUCUCCGGUUUCAUUGCGAAUUUAAAAUGAAAUGAUUUUUAAAAGAAUAUUUCAUCGCCAAGGCAAGUCAAAGGUAUGAAAUUUUUUCAAUUAUUUGUCUAGUAGGUAUACUAUCGCCUAGGUAUUUCCCAUAUACACAGUUAUAAAAAGAAUUAUAAAAUAAAAAAAAUCGCAAAAUUUUUUCGACAAAAAAAAUAUAUAAAAAUCGAAACAAGUAUAUAAAAAAAAAACGAAUCGUUUGAUGAUCUCGCGCUUGGUCAUUCCGGCGGAGAUUUUCAAAUGGUCCAAAAAAUUGAAACUUAGGUAAAUGAAAGAGAUCGUAGGCUGAAAGACGAGCUGUAACAUACACGAUUUUUCCUAUUUGAUAAGUCGCCAAUUUUUGUAUAGACGUCAAAUUAAUAUAAACCAACCUAUAAUAUCC